CUUUUUAACGUAUUGAAAUUGUGCAAUAUUAAUAAGAUAAAUUUUAAUAGGUAAUGGUUUGGGUACAUUCCCAAACAAAUAAAAAAGAUUUCGGUAGAAGUAUUGGGCCUUCAAUGUACAUAUUAGUGGGUUCAGAGUGCUGCUUGCCACAAUUGAAGGAGAAUUUUGAGAUAAAAUAGUCAAAUAUAGUAGUUUAAUGCGGAAUUUAGGAUUAAAAAUGGCAUCGUUGAAUGAAAGGAACAAGUUUAGGGCAAGCUCACAAGCCAGUAAUAAGAAAACUCGUGAAAUAAGGAUAGACCUGAGUAAUGCAAGAAGAUACGACAAUGAAAUAAAGAAAGAGCUAGUUGAAAGAGAGGAGUCUUUUAUUCCUGAAUUUAUUCCAAAAUCAACAGUCAAUCUGGUAAAUAAAUAACAAAGUAAUAAAAAUACCUAAGAAUGCUCAUAAGAGAUGCACGAAGAGGAGAUCUCUAGCUGAAAAUAAGAAACGUACUGAGAAGUCAUUCAAGAAGGCAGUCAAGUUCAUGCCUGAUAAUUAUAAAUGAAAUAUGGGAGAGGUGAAAACCAAAAGUAUAUCAAGGUAUUUGCUCAAAAGCAAGUCAAACUUUUUCAAUGUUGCAGAGAAUAGAGCUGUUAGACAAAGCUUUAUCAAUGGAAGGUCUAUUUACUCAGAUUCUAAGCCAAUCGGCUCUGAAUAUUCAGUAAAGAAAGGCACAUCUCCUUGCUGUUGAUACGUGUAUGGAGAGAAUACUGCCAUUGAUACUGAGAGAGCCCCGCAUAAUCAUCCUUUCAGAAGGCCAAGACAGGCUUUCAAGAACUAACUUAUAACCUAUAUUUUCUGCAUAUAGUUUUUAAAGAUACGAAUUUUGAAAUUCAGAUAAAUAAAAUUUCUAAUCUUAAAGCCUCUUCCAUCCUCUUCUUCUCUAUUUCAUUGU